AUGGCGUCGUCCUCACGGCGAGCGUCCCAGAUUCCUUCAUCCACUGUCUAUCUGCACUGUUCUCAAUGCAACAGUCAAAUUGGCAUUUUCGAAAAUGAAUGGACCCGCUUGACCUCCUCCUACGUCCUUUCUGUACAUCCAGGCACACAUUUCGGGACCGAAGUCGCCCACAAAACCAAAGUCGUACCGGAAGGCGUAUCACAGCGAGCGGUCGAAGGAUGUACCUUAGCAGAGGUCUUCUGCAAGAAAUGCUCUGCGGCGGUGGGCCAGUAUUGCAAAGCCACUGCGACGUCCGCACAGAGGGCUUUGGUUGACCAGUAUCUUUACAAACUGUCAAAGACAUACCUGAAGGACUCCGAGACGAGCGAUCUUGUAGACCCUGUAUUCGGCUUCGGAGGGGAUUUUAUGCGGCCUGGUCCCAGACCCAGCACAAUUCCUCGCCCAAGUCUUUCUGCUGGUUCUAGGUGGUCGCAGACUCCUCUACACACCAACGAGAUACCUUCCUAUCUCCAGUCGCUCGCCGCAUCGCAACUUCAUACCAAUGCGCCUACCCCAUUGCCUAGUGCAGGCUAUGCUGAACCCCAGGACCCAGUUUGGCUGAAAAUCAAAUCUCAGGAAAAGAAGAUCGCUGCACAGGAGGAAAGGAUACAACAGCAAGAGAUCCAAAUAAAACUUGUCGCUUCUCUUCUUGGUGCUUUUCAGCAGACUUUGGAUGAUGUGAAGAGUUCCAUCCGUGAGUUGAAAUCUCAGAAUGCAGCGUCUCGUUUCGAGCCUGGAGGUCAGAAUGACUUUGUCGGCAGCUUGGAGUCUAUGGUCGAGGGAAUGAGAAAUGCACAAUCAAGUGACCGCGAAUGUCAAGAACUUCGCGCUGAAAACGCCGCUAUGAAAGCCAGACUUGAGAGUGUUGCUUCAGCCGUGAGUAUAUCGGCAGGAGACUUCCCCCAAAUUGGCGGGACUGCCUCCGACGCAAAGAGCUCGAAUGUGCUGGGCAAACGCAAGCGAAACACAAGUCUUUCUAGGUCAGGCGCCACUCAGCCGCCCCCGAUAGGUGGUCGAAAUGGAUUUCAGUUGGGCCAAAAUAAGUCUUUGACACAGAUCCCAACUCCGCAGUCUAGCCAUACUUCCGACCAGGAUGCAUCCACUACUUCAAGAAACGUGUCGCCUGAGGAACACCGCGGAACUCUGUCGCAGGAAGACUGGCAAUGCAGCAAUGGGCCUCCAGAACAAGAUGGAGGGUCCACCGGCGAAGCAACCUCCACGCUUGAGCAGCAUCGUGACUGGGACCGAAUCAAGAGAAAUAAUCCCGCUCCUUCUUUGACGGGCAGACUCUCCCAAGUUUCAGCUUCUGAAUUGGUCAGAUCAUUGUUGCAGGGACCAUCCAAUCCGAUCGGCCAGGAAAAAUUAGUACCACGAGGAUCAACCCAGGAUGAUGACAAUCAAAAUUUGUCAUUUGAUGAUACGACACGAACAUUUCCAGACAAGACACCACCGCAAGAGACCAAUGCCAAGGCUCCUCUCAGGACUGAGCCCGAACAUGUCAUCGGCAAUCAAAAGGGUAUGCAUAUGGAAGUGGAUUUGGCGGCAGCUUCAGGAUUGCGUCGGUCAAUGGGUGACAAUGUCGAAUUCAGCGAUGACGACUACGGAGAUACACCUAACACAUACGACAACGAAAGACAUCGACAAGGUCCAAAUCUAACGCAACCCACAUGGCCGUCUGUGGUGGAACAAGCUUCUCAUCGAUCAGCCCCAAACAAGAGAUAUCGCUCGAACACUAAUGGUACUUCAAGUAGAUUCACUGAUUUUGAAAGGGGUAAUCGAAGUGCCCCCGAGCCGGCGGGAAUACCACGGACUUUAUCUCGUCACCAAUUGAGCUCUAGAGACAGUUUCAGAAUCUCGACUCCCGCUCUCAUGGAGGAACAGAUGCGCCAUCCCGAUAAGUCGAAGAAUAGUGGACAAACCAAUUUGAAACUCUUGAACAACGAGCUAAUCGAGCUUGGUCUGGAGGAGUGGGUCAACAGGGACAAGAAUUGCCCCGAAUACCGCAAAGCUGUGGACGAAGCGAGAGCCCGUAAACGAGAGAGCAACAAGGUGUUGGCUUUGGCUCUUUCUAGAACACGUACGUCAUCUAGAGGUGUUGAUGGUGAACGCACAGAUCUCCUCGACGAGGCAUUCCAAGCGGCCAAUAAAGCCUACGUGGGAAUCAGCAAUGAACAGGUUGGAACGAGUCAAGAGGUUGGGGAUGUGGGGCAGACUGACUCGACUGAGGUGAUUGAGAUGACCGAGAGGGCUGACAAGGCUCAGAAGACUCGGGACAUCGAAAGGGCUCAGAAAGCUCAGAAAGCUCAGAGUACCAAGAAAGCUGGGAAGAAUCAGAAGGCCCGAAACACCAAGGAGACUGAGGAAGCUCAAAAUACGGAGAAGAUUGAGGAGGCCGAGAAGAUGAAGAAGGUACAAGAGGCGCCAAAGGCCCAGGAGACUCAGAAUGUCGAAGCUCACAACACCGAGGAGAGCGAGAAGGCUCGGGAAGCAGCACUAGAAACUAGACGAAAGUUGACUCGUCGGCAACAACGUGAAGAAGAUAUUCGGAGACGAGAUCAACUCGCAAAGGACGCCAUGGACAUGGAUGACUAG